UCAGCUGAUUGUUGUUGUUUCCCCGCCCGCGACAAUUUCUUCCGUUUACUGUGUUUCUCAGUUGGAGUUUUUGCCUGCUAUACAACGGUACCUGGCCUUCAACCGAAGCAAUUAUGACCAGCACAACAAAGUUUGUCAACGAAUUCUGUGAUAUCAUCGAUUCCUAUGGAGGGCGCGAUAAGGUAAUGAAGGCGCUGUGCUACAGCGCCAAACUGGUGGCAGGAUACCAUGCCAAGAGGAAUCCUGAUCUGGCCAAGCGAUACGCCACCGCCAGCUCAAAGAUCUCGGGAGCCAGGGCCACUCUUCGCCUCAUCGACGACAUACCCAUGAUCCAGUAUGCCCUGGAGUAUGGGCUGGGAGAGAAUGAACCAGAUCGCGUUAUGGCCGUGCUCGGCGUGACCGCCAACAUUGUAGAUCUGCUCUACUAUCCUAUCGAGAAGGUUUGCUGGCUGGCCGAACACAAGAUUGUGGACGUAAAGCAUGCGGACAGCUGGGACAAUGUGAACUCCAUAUUCUGGGUACUGUCAGUAUAUCUGAACCUGAUGAGAACAAUGCGAAAUUUUUCACUAAAUCAGGACAAACUAAACCGCACCGCAAACCUAAACGACUUGGAUACCAAGUCCUUGGCAAAGCACCGGCUGGAAAUGGUGUCCAUCGUUCGCAUAUCCCUCGACUUCGUACACGCUGUCAGCACGCUGCCCAAGGGCUAUCUUUGGGGCGGCAAGCUGUCCACAUUUCAGGUGGGGGCAAUCGGUACCCUGUCGGCUGGCCUCGGCAUCUACCAGAUCUUUGCCAAGAGAAGACUGAACAAGUAGUCGAGCUGUGGCGUCAUCCUUGUCGUUCGUGUUUGCAAUCUGUGUACUCGUAAUUGUUGAUCAAGAGUUUUAAGCUAGUCGGUAAAAAUGUUUUGUAUGUGGGAAUGAUGCAGUUUUUUCUACGGCACUCGCAAGUGUUUAGCAUGUAAGAUUUGUAUCCUUUAAAGAAGCACAAAAUACACGCUAAUUGUGAAAGAAAA